AUGACAUCCAGAUUCGUACCAAUGUCAGCAGACGAGAAGGAGCUUUUGAAAGUGAUCGUCAGAACUUCCCGUACUCCCAAAAUUGUUAUGAAAAUGCUCAACGCUGACGCUUCCGUGAAACUUGAUCAGCAUCAUGAAUGGACGGAAAAAGACAUCAGACCCUACGUCCUCAGAUGGUGGAAGGCUAGUGAUGCCAAAGCCAAUGGUCAAGUGAUGGAUAGCACCGAUGAUGACGCUGUAUUUCUUGCAAUGGCAUGA